CACAAGAAUUACCAACAAGCCCUGACCCUAAUGUUUGCUGUGGAGGAGAUCAACAGGGACCCUCAGCUACUGCCCAACCUCACGCUGGGCUUCCACCUCUACAACGCCUACCACAGUGACGCCGGCACCUUGGAGAGCUCCCUGAGGUGGCUGUCUGGGCAGGGCCAGCUCAUCCCCAACUACAGCUGCUGGGGGCAGGAGCAGCCUGUGGCGGUCCUUGGAGGGGCCACGGCGGCUCUGUCUGUCCAGAUGGGGACCCUGCUCGAGCUCUACAGGUAUCCACAGGUCAUCUUUGGGCCAUUUGAUCCCAUCCUGAGUGACAAGACUCAGUUUCCUUCUCUUUACCAGAUGGCCCCCAAGGACUCUUCUCUACCUAAAGGGAUGGUCAGACUGAUGACUCAUUUUCAAUGGACGUGGGUGGCUCUGGUGACAGUAGAUGACCUGAGAGGGGAGGAAUUCCUUAAACAACUGACUUUGGAGAUGGCAAACCAUGGAGUCUGUGUGUCCUUCAUAGAGAAGAUCCCCAUGAGUGAGAGAAGACACACAGAAUCACAGGAGGCAUUCAUGCCCAGGAUCAUGGCUUCAACAAGCAGAGUAAUUUUUGUUCAUGGUGACACAGACUCCUUAAUGAUCUUAAGAUACUCACAAACGCCUUUGAUCCCUAUUUGGAAGGUUUGGGUCACCACCUCUCACUGGGACAUUACCAUGAGACCCCCACAUUUCGAUGGUAAUAAUUUUCAUGGGGCACUUACAUUUUCACACCUAACACAUGAUGUUCCUGGUUUUAAGGCUUUUCUCAAGAGAGUGAACCCUAUUAUCUAUCCAGAGGACAUUGUACUGAGGGAAUUCUGGCACUCAGCCUUCAGGUGUACAGAUGAAGUUCAAAACUUAAAGCAAGAGAAAUGUUUCCCAAAUGCCUCUUUGGAGACUUUGCCUUUGUUUUACUUUGACAUGACCAUGUCUGAUUUGAGUUACACCAUCUACAAUGGUGUAUAUGCUGUGGCUUGGACCUUCCAUGAAAUGUUCCUCAUGCAAUUAGGGAAAGGAACCAUGGUGGAGGGAGAACAUUGGGUACCUCAUCCCUGGCAGCUUCACUCCUUUCUAAAGAAUCUCCAGUUUAACAACAGUGCUGGUGACCAGGUGUUUAUGGAUGAGAAGAGAAACCCUGAGGCUCAAUAUGACAUCCUGAACUAUGUGACUUUCAAUGUAGAUACUGAAGCUCUAGUGAAAGUUGGACAGUAUAACCCCAAGGCUGAGCCUGGUCAAGAUUUCACCAUUAAUGAUGAAGCCAUAGUGUGGAAUUGGUUAGGUUCAAAGAUUCCCAGGGCGACGUGCAGUGAGAGCUGUGCUCCCGGGUUCAGGCAGGCUCCUCUGGAGGGGGAGCCCAUCUGCUGCUUCAGUUGUUCUGUGUGCCCUGAGGGGGAGAUCUCCAACCAGAUAAAUGUGAAGUAUUGUGUGAAGUGUCUGGAAAAUGAGUAUCCAAAUCGCGAAAAAAAUCGAUGCCUUCCUAAGGUUGUGACUUUCCUGAAUGUUUCAGAACCUUUAGGGGUAACUCUGAUCUGCAUGGCUCUUUCCUUCUCUCUCAUGACGUCUUUUAUUCUCUGGAUAUUUGUUAAAUUUCAAGACACUCCCAUAGUCAAAGCCAAUAAUCGGGCUCUCAGCUACACUCUCCUCAUCUCCCUCAUCUUUUGUUUCCUCUGCUCCUUGCUCUUCAUUGGCCGUCCCACUGCAGCCACCUGCCUCCUUCGACAAACAACAUUUGGGAUUGUGUUCACUGUAGCUGUGUCCUCCAUUUUGGCCAAAACCUUCAUGGUAGUCCUGGCUUUCAAGCUUACAAUACCAGGGAGUAGAGGGAGAUUGUGGGUACAAUCCAGAGUGUCCAAUUCUGUUGUCAUUGUGUGUUCUGGGAUUCAAGUGAUUCUCUGUGGUGCCUGGUUAGGAAUCUCUCCCCCUUCCCCAGACAUAGAUACAUACUCUGAACCAGGUCAGAUCAUCAUUGGGUGCAAUGAGGGUUCUGUCAUUGCCUUCUACAGUGUCCUGGGAUAUAUGGGAUUCCUAGCCCUGUGCAGCUUCACAAUGGCUUUCCUGGCCAGGAACCUCCCUGACACUUUCAAUGAAGCCAAGUUCAUCACCUUCAGCAUGUUGGUGUUCUGCAGUGUGUGGGUCUCCUUCCUCCCAACAUACCAGAGCACAAAGGGCAAAGCCAUGGUGGUGGUGGAGAUCUUCUCCAUCCUGGCAUCCAGUGCUGGAUUACUGGGCUGCAUCUUUAUUCCCAAGUGUUAUGUGAUCCUGCUGAGACCAGACAGAAAUAUUUUAAAACUUAAAAAGUCUAGUUUCUUCUGA